UGUUUGGUUAUGGCACAGAUAAUUAUCAUCAGUUUUCAAUGUGUUCCUCUAACUCUUCAUAUACCAUGAAAACUUUGGUUCUCUUGUUCAUUCUUGGCUUGACAAAUUCAAGAAUAUCCUAUGCAAGUAUAAUUGGAUAUGCAGGAAGUUUUAAUGUCCUGGAUUAUGGAGCUGCUGCUGAUGGUAUUACAGAUGAUUCUCAAGCAUUUCUUAAUGCUUGGAAUGAUGCAUGUUCAUCAGCUGGUGGAUCUCCUGAAGUGAUUAUUCCUCCAAAUAUGAUAUUUUUACUUAGUCCUGUCACAUUCAGAGGUCCCUGCAAUUCUGAAAACAUCUAUUUUGUGAUAUCAGGUAGACUUGUUGCACCAAGCUCACCUGGUAUAUGGACCGGGCAGGAUGCGAGUCAGUGGCUGGCGUUUAGAAAUGUUAGCGGUCUAAUUGUCGAUGGCUCAGGAACCAUUGAUGGGCAAGGACAAGGAUGGUGGGAUCAAUCAUGUAGAUACCACCCUGACAUGGAAGGAUGUACAAGAUUAGCUCCUACUGCCUUGAAGUUCAUUUUUUGCAGUCAGAGUUCUAUUAGUAACAUUUACUUUGGCAACAGUGCCCAAACUCAUAUACUUAUAGAGAGAUGCAAUGGAUUCAAAGUGGAUAGUGUAAUGAUUGAAUCUCCAGGAAAUAGUCCAAAUACUGAUGGAAUUCACAUUCAGUCUUCUCAAUAUGUGGCCAUUACCAAUUCUAAAAUAAGCAGUGGGGAUGAUUGCAUUUCAAUUGGAGAUUACACUUCUAAUGUCCAAAUAUACAAUAUCCAAUGUGGACCAGGUCAUGGUAUAAGUAUUGGAAGCUUAGGAAAAGGUGGUAAUUUUGCUCAAGUAGAAAACAUUCAUGUGAGCAAUGCUUUCUUCUAUGGAACUACAAAUGGAGCUCGUAUCAAGACAUGGCAGGUUGGCAGAGGAUAUGUACGAGAUGUUAUAUUUGAGAAUCUUGAAUUUAACUCAGUCAAGAACCCCAUUAUAAUUGACCAGAAUUACUGCGAUGUUCGAGGAGCUUGCAAGGAAAUGGUAACUGGAGUGCAAAUCAGCAAUGUUAUUUACCAGAAUAUAUUUGGAACAUCGAGCACAAAUAUCGCCAUAAAUCUGAACUGCAGUAUGUCAGUGCCAUGUACUGAUAUAACAAUGCAACUAAUACAACUAACAUCAGCGACACCAGGAACAGCGACACCAGGAAGGGAAGUCACUGCUUAUUGUAGGAAUGCUUAUGGCCAAGAAUAUAGUAUUGAACCUGGUCCUUGUAUCUCAGAAUAUUGAGAUUUUUAAUUUUUCUCAACACCUACUUUAUAGUGCUAACACCAAUAAUUCUUUGUUGUGUGCAUAACCAGAAAAGGAAAGGAAAUGACAAACAAAAUGAAACAAACUUGUCAGUGUUGUAGCACAGUAAUCAUUGUACACUCAAAUUUUUGUUUAGCCUUCAUUUAAGGUUAAGUUAUGUACUGCUAAUUUUCUAUGUAGUACCAUAGUUGAUGUUGGAUGA